UUUUUAACUUUGCUAUGUCGCAAAGUAGAAUUGAGGAACCAUGUCUCUAAUAGGGACACAAACUUACAACGACUGUGAUCUUUUAAAAUUCAAAACCUACGAAGAAUACUUGGACUCGCUAGUAACCCCCGCAGAUCUUUCAUACUUAAAAAGCACAAAAAUCGCUCGCGAUCUUGCAGAACUAGGUUAUCGAUGCACAGGAGAAACCCUAAGCAAAUCUUCCUUCUAUGAACGUCUCGAAGCUGCUCGAAAUUUGACCUAUUCAGUCUACAAACCCUAUAUACUAUGCUCUAAAUUAAUUUCUCCUAUCGACUCUCUCCAAAUGGAAUUAGCCCUUCGGGAAAAAGAAAAUCGUCUAGGAGUAAUUUCAACAAUAAUAUUCCUCCAAUACGAGGUUAAAUCCCGAUCCGAAAUUUCUGGAUACAUCGAUUACGCUCAGCGUUUAGAAACUGAAGACUGGCUUCCCUUUUUUCAAGGGAAAAAGAAAUUACGGGUUCGAAGCACUGAUCUUGGAUAUUAUCACUGGAAAAUGGGAAAAAUCCUCCUCAAUACAACUCCCAAUUAUGAACCGAUGAUUGAUUCAACGCGAGGGCUUUUGUUCAAAAAUUCUCGGGACAGACAUAUUAUUUAUGUUGAUCCUUACGUGUCUUUUCAUGGUAUUGGGACUAAUCGAAAAACGAUUCGUAGCGAGGGAUACGAAAAUGUGGUUUUGUAUGAUCAUCUACUUCGUAGUAAAAUGUGAUUUUAGUUGCGUUUAGGAAAGGGUUUUGAUUGGAACCUUCUUUUGUCAAUCU